CACUACUAUCCAAAGCAGUGCUUUCAUAUGCAGCAAGUCAAUAAACAUCUCCCCUUUCAUCAAACAACUUGUUCCAACUAGUUUGCACAGCAAAAAGGAAAACACACAAAACAGAUUCUUCAAUUCACAUCUCUGUCUUCCCAAGAGAUGCCAGAGGGUGUUGUCGAAGAUAUAUCGUCGCAAAACUCGAACAACGAAGAUGAAAAAGAAGAACAUGAUAUGAAGCCAUCUUGUGAUGAUGAUGGUUCCCCAGAGCUGAACCUUCUUGAUUCAUUGGAGACCACUGCAGGGGGGUCAUCAUCAGAUCAGGGGAGCCCAAGAGUCUUCUCCUGCAACUAUUGCCAAAGAAAAUUCUAUAGCUCCCAGGCACUUGGUGGCCACCAAAAUGCCCACAAGAGGGAGAGGACUCUAGCCAAGAAGGGGCAAAGAUUAGGGCCAUAUUUCAUGGCUGCAGCCAUGGCUUUUGGCCACUCCAAUCAUCAUCAACAAUACUAUUCCACCAUGGCUUCUUCUUCUAGAUCUCUCCCUCUCCACAACCCUCUUGGAAUUCACCCACACUCCAUGAUUCUUAAGCCCUCUACUAUCCAUUCUCUGCACGAAAGGCGGUCGAGGCCAAUUAUCAGCCAACAGCCAGCAGUGGGGAAGCUCUCUGUGCCAAACUUUCAUAUUAGCCCACCAACAAACAUGGAAAGAUCAUCAACAACACUUCUUUCCCCUCAAGAAAGCGCAACCGGUGGCGGGUUUUGGGCAGCUAGUUCAAGCAAUCAUUUGAAGAAUAAUAGUAGUAGAGGAGACUUGCCAAAUCUUGACCUGUCUCUUAGUCUCUAAGUUCAUCCCUUAGCAAAAUCCCCCUUUAGUUUUCCCCCUAUUAUUGUUGCUUCUUCCAUCAAGCUAAACUGUUAAAUAUUUUGUCAUAUUUUUCUUGAUAUUAUUACUUACUAUGUUUUGUUACAGAAGAAAAGAGAAGAAAUUGUCCACCUAGAUUUGCCAAACCUAGCUACAUCUUCCUCCAUAGAUUGUUAGAUGUGAAAAAAAUGGUGAAAGUAGAGUAAGAACAUGUCUAUAUGUAUAUAAUAUACGUAUCUAUUUGCAGUACUAUGGUUGCUUACC